GGCAGGGGCACCGACUGCCCUGGAGGGUGAGAAACUUCCAGGACUUUCUGGCCGCGGCCAACCCCUUCGCGGCAUGGGCGUGGCUCCCAGCGAUUUAGCAGCCUGGGGUUCCUUCCCGACAGUAGUGUUUCGUUUCCUACCGCUACUGUGGACUCUUCCUCUCGCGGCCUUUUCCUGAAAUUGAUUCUUCUUUCGGUGUACAGAAAGCGCCAGCCAUGCAGCCUCGACGCGGAAAGGCCACGCGGAGAGCUUCCCAGGCCCGAGCCACCGCUCCCGAGGCUUCUGCGCCAAGCGCCAGGGGCGCCCGGACGGACCCAAACCAGUCUCUGGCUGCUCCGGAGGCCGCCCGGCCCCACGCGGGAAAGUUCGGCCCCGCCAGGGGGUCGGGAUCCAGGCAGAAGAAGAACGCCCAGGACACCCAGGAAAGGCCGCCAGCCCGUGAGCUGGGGGCCCGCCCCAAGAAGGUCCCUCAGCGCGCCGAGGACGCGCGGCUCUCGGAAGCCAUCAGCGCCUCUGGGGCGGAGGCGGGAGAGCCUCCCGAGGCUCCCGAGCCGGCUUUUUCCAGAGCUGGUUCUCGCCGCCCGACGGGUGCGCGCUGCUCUGCGGAGCCCAGACCCCCGCCCGGGCCCCGGGACUUGCCCAGCCCCGGCCUGCCGGUCUCCGGCCCCAUCCUCGGCCGAAGGGAGUCGGCGCCGCGGACCAGGAAGCUCCGGGCGGUUUUAGAGAAGUUAAGGCUAAGUCGCGACGAUGUCUCCAACGCGGCCAAGGUGGUGAACAGCGUUGUGGACCACCUGCUGGGCAGACUGCAGCAGUGCGAGUCCGAGUUCAAAGGCAAGUUCAAAGUGGAGUCGCUGCACACCGGGAGCUACUAUGAGCGCGUGAAGAUUUCUACACCUAAUGAAUUUGAUGUCAUGUUUAAACUGGAACUCCCCAGAAUUCAACUAGAAGAAUAUUCCAACACUGGUGCAUAUUACUUUGUGAAAUUCAAAAGAAAUCUGAAAGAAAAUCCUCUGAGACAAUUUUUAGAAGAUGAAAUAUUAUCAGCUUCUAAGAUGCUGUCUAAGUUUAGGAAAAUCAUUAAGGAAGAAAUUAAAAACAUGCAAGCAGAUACAGAUGUCAUCAUGGAGAGGAAAAGAAGAGGGAGCCCUGCUGUAACACUUCUUAUUAGAAAAGAAAUAUCUGUGGAUAUAAUCCUGGCUUUGGAAUCAAAAAGUAGCUGGCCUGCUAGCACCCAGAAAGGCCUGCCCAUCAAAAACUGGCUUUCAGCGAAAGUUAGGACGAAGCUAAGACGAGAGCCAUUUUACCUUGUACCCAAGCAUGCAAAGGAAGGAAAUAGUUUCCAAGAAGAAACAUGGCGGCUAUCCUUCUCUCACAUUGAAAAGGAAAUUUUGAGGGAUCAUGGACAAUCUAAAACGUGUUGUGAAGAGAAAGGAGUGAAAUGUUGCAGGAAAGAUUGUUUAAAACUGAUGAAAUACCUUUUAGAACGGCUGAAAGAAAAGUUUAAAAGUGGAAAACAUAUGGAUAAAUUCUGUUCUUAUCAUGUGAAAACUGCUUUCUUUCACGUAUGUACCGAGAACCCUCAAGACAGUCAGUGGGACCCCAAAGAUCUGGAGCUCUGCUUUGAUAACUGCCUGACAUACUUUCUUCAGUGCCUCAGGACAGAAAAACUUGAACAUUAUUUCAUUCCUGCAUUCAAUCUAUUCUCUAGCAACUUAAUUGACAAAAAAAGUAAAGAAUUUCUGUCAAAGCAAAUUGAACAUGAAAGAAACAAUGAGUUUCCAGUUUUUGGUGAAUUUCGAGAUUCUAUGUUUAGAAAAAAUUUGAGUGACUCUCAGUCCUGGAGAAUACCAAAAAAAUUUUAAAAGAGGCUGGGCGAGGUGGCUCAGGCCUGUAAUCCCAGCACUUUGGGAGGCUGAGGCAGGCAGAUCACUUGAGGUCAGGACUUUGAGACCAGCGUGACCAACAUGGUGAAACUCUGUCUCUACUAAAAACAUAAAAAUUAGCCAGGUGUGGUGAUGCAUACCUGUAAUCCCAGCUACUUGGGAGGCUGAGACAUGAGAAUUGCUUGAACUCAGGAGGUGAAGGUUGCAGUAAAGCGAUAUGGCACCACUGCACUCCAUCCUGGGUGACAGAACAGGACUGUCUCAAAAAAAAAAAAAAUUAAGAAAAAGAAAAUUAGGAAAUUAUUAAAAUUUUUUAAAAAGCAACAAAAUAAAAAAUUAUAGUGACUGUAAUAAUUGGAAUGUUUGAAAUUUGUCACAGCAAUAAUUGACUAAAAUCAAUGUAAAUAGUUAUUCCAUUUUCAGUUUGUUGUAAUAAACUCCCAUCAGUAUAAAGGAUUUGUCCGACCUACCCUCUGCGGGAAGACUGAGCUCGUUCGGAAAAAACCGGACCGCAGGCUAGAGGAAAUUCCUUAAGUUCAGGCUUUAUUGAGAGGAAAGAGCCUCCGGGCGGACCAGCCGGGAGGAAGAGGAGAAUGGCCGCGCCGCUCAGAGGGGCAGGGUUGUUUUAUAGGGGGCUGAAGGGCUGGGGGGUGGGGAAGCCGAAAGCCGAGGUGGUGGGCAACUGUUGGUCAGUUUGAACUGCUGGGCCGGAAGCUGGGCGGCGGGAGGGCUAGGGUCGGUAUGUAAAGUGAGAGAUAAGGGAGCCUCUUUGUGGGGGAGGGAAAGAGAGAGAGAGAGCUUUCGCGGUAGGGGCAGAGUUUUCCAAACAGGAUUGACUAUCCUAGGAAAAAUAUUAGUCAAGGAAUAAGAAGCAAAAGCUUGUUUUAUCAUACAUGCAAAUAAAUAACAUUUUCAGAUUGGAAUGAAAAAAGGAUAAUGUACAUAUCACCUUAAAUUCAUCAGGUACUUACUGAAAAACACCUCUCACCUAACACAGGUAUGUGGAAGGUUGUGAAUGACAAUAUUAGAAAUGAUCCUUGUCUCCAUAAAACCACUAGGUGUUGUUCAACAUACAAGUAUAUUUUAAUGGAAGCAAUGCCCUGUGUUACACGUUUGAAUAAGAAGGAAGGAAAUGAAAAAAGUUCUACAUUGUCUCUGUAUGUCUCAGGAAAUAUACAAUCUUACAAGAAAAUGUGAGGUAAUUUAUUUUAUAAUAUAUGUGACUAAAUGUAAAACCUAACAUUUUCUGUUAUUUUUACUUUGAGUAACUUUUUUAUUUUUAGGUAGCAUUCAGCCUAGAGGCAACUGCUAUUUGUUAAAUUUUUACUGUUCAUAUAUUCUACACAUUUUCUUAUCUUCUCAUUGUUUUGUAGAAGUUUUGUUUUGAGACAGUCUCGCUCUGUUACCCAGGAUGCAGUGCAUCUCUGCUCACUGCAACUUCCGUCUUCUGGGUUCAAACAAUUCUCCUACCUCAGCCUCCCAAGUAGCUGGGAUUACAGGCGACCGCCAGCACACCCAGCUAAUUUUUUUGUAUUUGUAGUAGAGAUGGGGUUUCAUCUUGUCAGCCAGGAUGGUCUGGAACUCCUGACCUCUUGAUCCGCCCACCUUGGCCUCCCAAGCUGGUAUUACAGGCUUGAGCCACUGCCUGGCCUAUAAGUUUUUAAUGUAUCUGGGGUACUUAUCCUUCAUUUGUUGUUUGUGUAACAAAUAACUUGUCGUGUGGAUUGUCUUCAGUGUUUUUGGUGUCUUUCACUAAAGGUUUUCUUGUAUUUUUUAUUGUAAAGAUUUUAAAAUUUUAAUGGAGUUUUUUUUUUCUCCUUCAAACUGUUGAGAAUAAACUGAAGAAUUUUUUAUGGU